AUGGUUGAUGACUUUAAUGUCAAGUUUAAACUCAGUAAUGAUCUAACUACUAUUCACAUGAUAGAAAUUAAGUGGGGUGACAAAGUCAAAGAUGUUAAAGUCAAAAUUAAGAAUCAAUUUAACAUUACUACCAAUAAUAUUGAACUUUCCCCGGAUGAUCCUAGAGGUAUUAUACGUUAUAUGGAAGCGGAAAAUAGGUUUCUUGAAAAUUAUAUUCCUGAUAAUGUUGAUAGGGCAUACUUCAUU